AUGCCAGCGCUCGGCUACGAAAUGGCGACGUCAUACGAAAUGUGUUCAACGCGGUACAUGGUGAACGAGGAGUACAUGAUGCCCCAGUUGUGGGACAGGCAGCUCCCGAGCCCAUACUCGACGUACAUGCACAGGAACCUGGCAGAGAACACCCGGCAGCGGAUGGACACCGCGAUGUUUUACAGUACAUACAGUGACAUGCAGCUGGAGACCAGCAGCAGCGAGGCGAGUGGAACAAGCUCGACAUCGCUGUCCCAACAUUGCGCGAUUUGUGGUGACCGCGCCACGGGGAAGCACUACGGUGCGUCUUCCUGCGACGGCUGCAAAGGGUUCUUCAGGCGAAGUGUCAGGAAAAACCACAUGUACACUUGCCGGUUCAGCCGAAAUUGCGUCGUGGACAAAGACAAGAGGAAUCAGUGUAGAUACUGCCGGCUCAGGAAGUGCUUCAAAGCCGGCAUGAAGAAGGAAGCUGUUCAGAACGAGAGGGACAGAAUUAACUGUAGGAGACCUUCAUACGAGGAACCAGCACAAGCCAACGGACUGUCGGUGGUGUCCCUGCUCAAUGCAGAACUGCUUAGCCGAAAAGUCACAGAUGAGACCAACAACAUAACAGACGCGGAGAUCAGCAACCGUAACUUGGCGAAAAUCAACGAUGUGUGCGACUCCAUCAAACAACAGCUUCUUAUUCUUGUUGAGUGGGCGAAAUAUAUACCAGCCUUCACAGAGUUGCAUCUUGACGACCAGGUGGCGUUAUUACGUGCUCACGCUGGCGAACACCUCCUUUUGGGAUGCGCGCGGCGGUCCCUCCACCUCAAGGACGUCCUUCUAUUGGGGAAUAAUUGUAUCAUCACGAAACAUAAUUUAGAUGGUCGGAUGGACGUGGACAUCAGCAUGAUCGGGAUGCGGGUCAUGGACGAGAUCGUGAAACCCCUCAGAGAGAUUGACAUCGAUGACACAGAGUUCGCCUGUCUCAAAGCUAUCGUCUUCUUUGACCCUAAUGCCAAAGGCCUCUCGCAGCCGCACAAGAUAAAGCAGCUGAGGUAUCAAAUCCAGAUAAACCUGGAGGACUACAUCAGUGACCGGCAGUACGAGGGCAGAGGUCGCUUCGGCGAGCUGCUCCUCUGCCUUCCUCCUCUGCAGAGCAUCACCUGGCAAAUGAUCGAGCAGAUACAGUUUGCUAAAUUGUUUGGUGUUGCACAUGUCGACAGCUUGCUGCAGGAGAUGCUACUUGGAGGUGCAUCAACUGAAACGGCUGUAGAGGAACCCCAGGCCGAAAUCGUCGAAGCGUCAUCCCCCCUCUCUUCGGCCGCAUCACCCCCCCUCGUGCCGCAGCUGCCUAUACCCGAGCCCUUCAUAGGGGCCCCCUUCAAGCAAGAACCCACCAUGUAG